UAGGACCAACCAGCAAGUCGAUGCAAAGCUUCGCCUGAUCUUGCAAAUAAGUUUACGGUGUCAACACAAUAUUAUUGUAUAUGUCAGCAUUUUUAGGUCAAUUAUAAAGCACCAGUAUGUCCGCACGCGGUGCAAAGAAGAAAAAGAUAACAUCGCAAUCUGCGAAAGCAGGUGUUUUGUUUCCAGUUGCAAGGAUGCGCCGGUACCUGAAGGGAGUGACACAUCAUUUCCGUAUCGGUUCUGGAGCUCCAGUUUAUUUGGCAGCAGUCAUAGAGUAUCUAACCGCUGAGAUAUUAGAGUUGGCAGGAAAUGCUGCUAGAGAUAAUAAAAGGGCUCGUGUUACUCCUCGGCAUAUUCUUCUAGCAGUGGCUAAUGAUGAAGAAUUGAAUAGGUUACUGAAGCAUGUAACAAUUUCAAGUGGAGGUGUACUACCUCAUAUUCAUCCUGAAUUGUUGACAAGAAGAAAAGGACCAAAGUUCCAGAAUGUCCUCCCUAAACAGGUGGCAGCAACUCCAACAAAAACUAAAACUAAAGCUAAAGCAUCAGCUACUCCACCAUCACCUCCUGCUGCUAAAGGCAAAUCUGGGAAAGCAACAAAAGCUCCUAAACCAGCCAAGGGCUUUGCACCAUCAGCUGAAGCAGUAGCAGCAACCUCAGCAGGUGGAUUUACAAUUCUCUCAGAGAAAAAACUGUUUUUGGGACAAAAGAUGACAGUCAUCCAAGGCGAUUUAGUUAAAAUAGCAGCUGACGUUAUUGUACAUCCAACCAGUUCUUCAUUUUAUAUGGGUGGAGAAGUAGGAUCGGCCAUAGAGAAGGCAGGAGGAAAAGAAUUCAGAAAAGAAGUAGAUGAGUUGUACAAAUCUCAUGGUGCACUUGAUACUGCUGGUGCUGCUAUAUGCCCUGGUCACAACUUCCCAGCCAAGUUUGUAAUACAUAGUCAUGGACCAACAUGGAAAACUGACAAUGCCCAACAACUGUUAGAAAAGACAAUACAUAAUGCUUUUAAAUUAGCUGAUGAAAAGAAUUUGAAAAGUAUAGCUUUCCCUUCUGUCGGCAGUGGACGUGCUGGAUUUCCCAAGCAGACGGCAGCACAGAUCAUACUAAGAGCAAUCAACAACUACUUCGUUUCAGUCAUGGGCAGCUCCAUUAAACAAGUUUAUUUUUGCCUCUACGAUUCAGAGAGUGUAGCUAUUUAUACAAGUGAAUUAGCUAAGCUUGAUACGUAGGCUGUUGGACAAGGUCAUUCAAGGACAAAUAGGUGUAAUAGAUGUUUAUAGAAAUGUUUUUGAAUGUUGUUUUUAUGGAAAGAAUUGUUUCAUUGUUGAUUGUUCAACAGAAUAUGUUUAUAAGAGUUGUACUACUAUAGAAUUCCAGGUCAAAGUUCGGAUAUGUUUACAAAUUAUGCACUGGUGUUGAUGUUUAUCUUUAAUGUCAUAUCUCCUAAGUCAAAAUUAAUAAAUGCUUGAAAUAGACAGAAAGAAAAGAAAAGAUAACAAUUGUUAUUGAUAUUUGUGAUUAAGUAUUUUAUAAGGUCAUUGAUAUGGUAUUGAAAUGGACCACAAGUUUAUUCAUAAAAUAAGUUUUCCAGACCACAAAAUCAUUCAUAUAAUUUGUUUCCAUUAAUACAGGUCUGCUCAUAAAAACAUCUUCAUUGAUAUAGUUACUUCAUGAUAUGAAACAACAUCAUCAGUAUCAUUAAAUGAUUCCUUCAGAUACCAUUACAUUUUAGAUGAGUUCUUGAAAACAGUAGUUUACACUCCUAUUGUAAGGGUUAUCUUCCUUGGGUACUAUAUAUUUUUUAGUGAAACAAUCCUGAGUUUUAAUCUGACUAAGUUGUUUAUUUGUUGUAGAUUUUAAUAUAAUAGUGUUGUUAAUAUAACUUCUGUGAUGAUGGUUAAGUUUGACUAUACCAUGAAAAUUUAAGGGAUUGUCUCAAAUUGUUUUCUCUAAAUUUCUUAACAAAGUUACUCAAGAAAAGAAAAUAUAAAAAAGGGAGUUUCUAAAGAUUUUGUUAUUGUAAGAAACACUUAACUAAGUGGAAGAAAUUAAAAACAUGCCAUGUGUUGGUGAAACCAAAGUGGAAAUGAUCAGUUGAUACAAACAAGCAAAAAUACAAAUAAAUUUUGUAUAGAAAUUUCUUGUAAACUUUUGAGAUGACCCCUAACUGUUGAAAUUAUAAGGAUAGUUACCUAGUAACCUGUUUUUGUUUUUUUUUUCUUAAUAAAUUGAAUUUUAUACAAUUGUUAAUUAUUUAAACAAAUUUGUACUCAUUACAAGUUUUAGCUGAGCUAACGUAGAAAAUUAUAUUUAUAUAAAGUUUUUUUUGUCUUUUUUCAUUGUCAAAAUAUAAUCAGACACAGUUUUUGUGUGUUCCACUUAAACUAGGAAAUUAAAAUUGUUUUGGUAAUAUUAAGUCAAAUCAUGUUGAAAAUUCCCCUUUUUUAUGGGACAUAAUUUGUUUAGUAUUGUGACAUAACUUUAACCAAUUAUCAUGAUGUAAUUAUGUAAGUAGUGGGACAUGUGUGUUUUUACCAAAUGCUUUUUCUUUGACUCAGCAAUAGUUUCAUUUUUCAUGAAUUCCUUCAACUCUGAACACCUUCAUAGUUACAAGAUAACCAUUUAUAUAUAAAGUUUCAGUCUUGUUUUAAUUUAGCUGCAUAUUUUCAUUUAAUAUCAGUCAUUUGACCAUUUGUAAUUUUUUAUUCAUUGAUAUACAAAACAAGUGUGUUGUGAUUAGAACAUCAGAGUCAUACAAUGUACAUGCUUAAGGUGGUACCAAACACCUCGACUAAAAUUAAUUUGGCUCGUUUAAUUUUCAUAAAAUUUUGACAAAAUAUUUACCUUGACCCUUUGACAAAUAUUUCAAAAAACUUGAACCACACACUUUAUCGGAAAACCUUCAUUGGAUAUAUAGCAGUUUGACAAACACUAAUUUUGAUCAUUGAGAAGCUUAAUAUUUCCUUAAAAAUAGAACGUUUUUAAAACGUUCAUUUGAUUUUUACAGAGUUAUCUCCCUGUAGUGUUAUGUACCACCUUAAUAUAACAAGUAAAAGUUUUCUGUCAAAAUGUUUGACCUUUAUUCAGAUUUAAUUUUACAUCUUCCUAUUGAUAAAGAAUAGUUCAAAAUUUAAUAAAAGAAAACAAUACCUUCAUAUGAAAUGAAAACAAAAAUAGUCAGUUUGAAAGUUUUUACUCCUUUUUGAUGCUGUGUUUUUGACAAAACCUAUUGUUGUGUGAGAGGAGUGAAAUUGCAGGAUUUUUUUACAUGUGAAGUAUCAGUUUUUAUAUUGGUGGGAAAUCAUGGUAUUUCAUCUAUGUAAUAAUACAGAAAUAAUUGCUGCAUCAUAAUUUUCAUGUUUGUAGACGUUUUGAAAUCGUAGAGUGAAUUACAUGUAUCUGUUGUCUUAUUGCAUUUUAUGCCAUAAAAGGUUUAUCCAUUUUAUUAAAUUUGAAUGUGCUACAAUCUAGGUCCAAUUUUCACCAGGAAAAUUAUUGUUUACCUGUAUUACAAUUGAGGAGCAAUACAGCUUAUAAAAUAUACAUUGUUACAAUAAAUAUUCAAUGCAUCAGUGUCGUAAUAAUAACUCAGAUGAUGAGUCAUAGAACAUGUGCAUUCACACAGGAAGUCGGAAUUACUAAUUAUGUUAUUUUUUUUAGCAGAAAUCUGACAUUUUAUCACCCAAAACCAUUUGUACAUCUUACACUAUAUGCAAAUCAAAGAUAUGCAAAAAAAAAGAUAAAGAACAUUUUACUGACAAUCUUACAUUAUUAAUUUGAUCAUUUCCAGCUGCAAUAUUGUUAGACCCUUUCAUCAAAAUUUGAAAUCCAUUGGACAUUUAAAUAUGAUAUGGAACAAAACAGCCAUUGAAUGAAAGAGUCAAUCUUUCAAAACAUGUAUUAAGAGUUCUAUUGACAAGUGGACAGAAAAACCCAUUACAUUAUCAUCAGCCACAAAAACAAACAAAAAACAGUUUACAGGAAAGGUCAAAUUUUGAUUUGCAUUCAUAAAGAUCAAAUUAAAACUUUUAUCUGUUGAAAAAUGGAAAUCUAAAUUUUCCAUGAAAAAAAGACAUUUGAAUGUAUUCAAUGAAAAAAAAAGUUUUUUAUUAAGAAAACUUUAAUAUUUCCAUCAUCACCUGACCAUCUUCUGUAAAUUCAAGCAAUUGUGUGUGCAUUUACCAUUGUGAUCUCAAACACUGGACAUAAAUGAGAGUAAUUUUACAAUUUCUGUUAAAUCGGAAUAAAAACAAAGCUUUCAAAGUUUAAAAUGUGAGUUUUUAUUUUUUCAAACCAAUCAUGUCACAAUUUUUAGCAAUAAAAAAACUUACAAAAUUUUUUGAAUUUUUUACAGUAUCAUUAAUUUAGCUGCCUGAAAUUUUUUUUUCUCCCCAUCACAGAGGCUUUCAUAGCUUAAUGUGAUUCCAUAUGCAGAAUUAAUAACAUCCUUUCCUGUUAAACACUCUCUUAACUUGAAAAUUGCACUAUCACAUAUCAUGUGUGUCAGAUUCUUUUUAUGUUCCACUAAAUUUAUCAGUUACAAUUAAUUUAAUUUUUCUGAACAUUUGUCUAAUUUUCCUACUUUUUGUUAUUCAUUUCGUUGUAUUGGUAAUGUACAAAUUAGUUGAUUUUUGUUGCUUUCAUUAUUAUAACUCAAUGCUAACUCAUAUUAUUCAAUUUUCAUUUUGUAAAUGGCAUCUAUGAAAGACAAAGGAUCUAGGACUGUUUCAGUGUUCUCAGUUGAAAAAAUGCAGUGAGAAGAAAAAUCUUGUUGAAAACAUCAAAAUAACAUUGAAAACUAAGUACCAGUAGCUAUCGUUUCAUUCAGUUCUCUUUAUAGGUAUUUUAAACAUAUAUAUGGGAGGGUAUUUUCAUCAUUUUAAUAUUUAAUUGACCAUGCUGGGUCUUACAAAAAUAGAACUGACAGUAAAUUUUUUUGAAGCAUGUUUUGAAAAAAAAAAAUUCAUCCAAGGACAGUUUCUAAAUUUGUUUAACAUUUUAUUGUUUUUGUUUCAUUGUUUUUCUUCAGUUUGAUAGUUAUGAUGAAUGAAACAGUUUUUUUUGAAAUCUCAUAACUUUUAUAACAAAAAAUUAUCAUCUGUGGGCUUUCAAGGGCACACAAUGUAACUUUAGAUUGAACAUUUUGGGGAAAAAUGCUUAAAACUUAGUUAAAAGGUCAAAUAUUUAUUUCAGGAUUUUUCUUUUUAUAAUUGUAAUAACAGCUAAAAUUUUUAAGAGGUCCAUGAAAAGUUAAAAAUCUUAGAUAUAUAUUAGAGCACUGUUUUCAUCAUAUUGACAAUAAGAUUUUUUUAAGUUUUAGAGAUUUUAAAUGUUAUAGUUUUUGAAUUGGGUAAUUCCUAUUGUUGAAAAAAUAUUUGAAAGACUAAAACAAACUCUCAUCUGCUUCAAUUAUAAGUAAAAGCAGUCCUUUCCUUAUUAUAAGUAUGUGUUAGGUUCAUAGAUUUUGGAGUAUCAAUAAAAAUAUCUUGAGUGGA